AGGGCCCGAAGCGAAGGAGACGCGAAUCCGGCAUUGACAUCUGCCGCCGCGUGUGGCUUGGCACGCCACCCCUCUGACGCAACCAGCCUGAUCUGCCCAGUGGCCACCUCACUCAUAAAGAACACUUCGAUCAUAUCCACACACCACACACCUCCCAUCGCGACAACGAGAAUUUGAAACAAAAUGGCCGAUAUCGGGCAACUCAUCCGUGACGCGCCGCCGGUCGCGAGAACUCUAGCCGGCGCAACGGUCCUCAUAUCCUUCAGCUCCCUCGUCCUACGGAUACUUGACCCGAUGCACUUCGUGUACAUCCCUGAGGUUGUCUUUAGCAUAAGGGGCUUGCAUGGCAUAAGCGGUCUGCAAGUGUGGCGGUUGGUCACGUCGUUCCUGCUCACUGGACCAGGACUGAGUGUGUUGAUGGAUCCAUUUUUCCUCUUCAAAUAUGCCAGUGACUGCGAGCGAAUGAAGCUCUCUCGCAAAGGCGACUUCACGGUUUUCCUCGUGUUCGUGGGCAGCAUCAUCCUCCUCCUCAACACCUUCAUCGUGCACGGGAUGACGUUCUGCUCGCCACUGAUCCUAGCGCUAGCCUACUACUGGUCCUCAUUCUCACCGCCAGGAACGCGCGUCAACUUCUUCAUCGCGCAGUUCCCCGUGAAGUUCCUGCCCUGGAUAAUGCUCUUGAUGACGCUCGUCCAAGGCGGAAAUGUGUUCCUUGAUCUGACCGGAAUCGUCGCUAGCCAUGCCUACAUCUUCCUUACCGAGAUCUGGCCGGAGCACGGCGGUGGAAGCAACUGGCUUCAGGCCCCGGCCGAUGUGGUCGAGGGAUGGUACGAGAAGGCAGAACGGGCUAUGGCGACGCCGGCACCGCCGCCGCCGAGGGUUGCGCCGAGGGUUGCGCCCAGGGCUGCGGCUGCUGGUGGAUCGGUGGGCGUUGGGGCUGCGCCGGGGGCUACUGGCAGCAGCUUCUUCGGGGGCAGCUCAGGCUGGUCGCAUCGCGGACAGGGACACAAGCUGGGAGGCUAAGUGGAUGAAGGUCGCAAUGGAUAAUUAGUGGUGGGGAUUUGUAUGUUGACUCCAACUGUGGAUGUGUGGUGUACAUCCCAUAUUUUUCUCUACUUUUGACCGGCGUUAAGAAGGA